CGCCCACCCCCACCCCUCCUUUUCCAGGUAGUAACUCCCCUCAUUCUCACCCUUCAUUUCUCUAAUCUCUGAUCCAAAACACCACAACCACCACCAAAAAAAAAAAAAAGCAAAGAAAAAAAAGAUGGAUGGACCCAUAUUCGUAAUUGAAGCAUCCGAAGCCGAAUCGAUGGCAAAACAAUCAGGCCUCACAGUCCUCCAGCUGCUCCCAGCCCUGGUCAAAUCAGCCCAGGCCUUGGCUCGCCCGCCGAUAUCCAACUACCACGUGGGUGCCGUAGGUCUUGGAUCCUCCGGCCGCAUCUUCUUGGGUGGCAACCUAGAAUUCCCUGGCCUCCCUCUCCAUCAUUCUGUCCACGCCGAACAAUUCCUCAUCACCAAUCUCACUCUUAAUGCAGAACCCUCCCUCAAAUACGUUGCUGUCUCCGCCGCCCCUUGUGGCCACUGCCGUCAAUUCCUUCAGGAAAUCCGCCACGCCCCUGAUGUACAAAUCCUCAUCACGGGUGAUAGUACUAACAACCAGAGUUACAAGAAUGAUUUAGCAGAUAAACAACAAUUUGAGCCCUUGUCGUGUCUUCUACCACAUAGGUUCGGACCUGAUGAUCUUUUGGAUAAGGAUAUUCCCUUGCUUUUAGAAACCCGUCAUAAUAACUUGUCGUUUGUAGGUGAUGCUUUGUUACCAAAUGGUAUCUGUGCUUCUUUUGAAGAUCUGAAAAAUGAGGCUUUGGAGGCUGCCAAUAAGUCUCAUGCACCCUUUACUAAUUGCCCAUCAGGGGUGGCGUUAAUGGAUUGUGAAGGAAAGGUUUAUAGAGGGUCGUAUAUGGAGUCUGCCGCCUAUAAUCCCAGCAUAGGGCCGGUGCAGGCGGCUUUGGUGGCAUAUGUGAUGGGAGGGAGGGGUGGUGGGUAUGACAGGAUUGUUGCUGCUGUGUUGGUGGAGAAACAAGGGGCUAAGGCAAAACAGGAGCAGACGGCGAGAUUGCUUUUGAAGGAGAUUUCACCCAAGUGUGAGCUUAAAGUGUUUCAUUGUGGUUCCAGCUCCAGUUUCAAUGAUUGUAACAAUCAGAAUUCCUGUUGAACGUUGCUGUCGAUAAUUACUCUCCUACUGUAUUUGUGUCGUAAACUCAUCUGUGUUGUUAAGCUGCAGUGCUGAUUUAUUGGUCAAUGAAAGUUGCAAAUAAUUGGAUUGAACCAAUCAAUGAAUAAAGUUUCUUUCUUUUUCUUGGGAAGGAAAGCUUUAGAUCUUUCCAUUACCAAAUCUAA